UGGGCGCUGAUUCUCGGGAACUAACUUCCAGACGUUAUGUAUUUGUAAAGUUAAAAUAUUGAAUUUGCCUCUUUAAAAUACAAAAUGUAUUUUUUUGGUGAUUUUCUUUUAAAUAUACCUUGAUGACUGUUAAAUAAGUUUUCUUAUUUAUAAAGUAUAAAAGUAAAUUUUACUAAAAAUGGUUCGGUUUAAAUUUUCGUACAUAUUACCUUUAAUGUUAGGAAUUAUAAUUAUUUUAUUUUUUCUAUAUUUAUUCGAUAAAUCAACUUUUAUUCUAUUUAUCGAUAACCCGUUAACAGAACUUCCAAGUCAAUCCAGAAAUUUAUUCCAAACUAGAAAAAAUAUUGAAGUUGUAGUUGCAGUAGUUGUUUGUGGUAAAAUAACUACUGAAGCUUUAGUUAUGAUAAAAUCAGCUAUCGUCUUUCGCGGUGAUGCUAAUCUUCGAAUUAUCAUUGUUGCAGAGAAAAAUAUUCAACAAGAUUUUGAUGAAACUCUUCGAGAAUGGAAAUUACUAACAAAUGAUUCUUUUACUUACGAGAUUCACAGUAUUACUUUUCCUAAAGAACAUUCAAAUGAAUGGAAAAAGUUAUUUCAACCAUGUGCAUCUGAGCGACUUUUCUUACCUUCAGUUUUAAGUCAUUUAGAUUCCGUUCUGUAUGUUGACACUGAUACAUUAUUUUUGAAUAAUGUGAUGGAUGUUUGGAGACACUUUGCACUAAUGAACUCAUCUCAAUUGGCAGCUUUGGUACCAGAACAUGAAGAUAUGAAUGUUGGAUGGUACAACAGAUUUGCUAAACAUCCUUACUAUGGAAAAUUAGGAUUAAAUUCUGGUGUUAUGUUAAUGAACCUCACAAGAAUGAGAGCAUUUAAUUGGGUUGAUAAACUUGAACCAAUUUUAGAAAAAUAUAGAAAGCAGCUAACUUGGGGUGAUCAGGAUAUUAUUAAUAUAAUAUUUCAUGAUUAUCCUGAUAAAGUGUAUGUUUAUCCUUGUCGAUAUAACUAUCGAUCAGAUCAUUGUAUGUACAUGAGUAAUUGUAAAUCUGCAGAAGAAAACGGUAUUGCAGUUCUUCACGGUUCAAGGUCAACAUUUUGGACAAACAAACAGCCUGCUUUUCGAGCUGUUUAUCGAGCUAUAUAUCAAUAUCAACUUGGGAGUGAUCCAACUACAUACCUCUUAGAACCAAUGGUUAGUUUAUUAAAUGAAACUAUAAGUUCGAAUUGUGGCCGCCUUGCUCCAAUAUUUACUUAUAAUAUGAGACAACUAUUUAACACACAAUAAUAGUAUAUAUAAUGGCAAGAAAAAUAGACUUUUAAAUUACUAAAGUAUCAAAUUAGAAAUUCUAUUUUGGUUUUGUUUGUAUAAAGCAAAUUAUUGGAUCUCGUUUAAAUUUUUGAAGUUAAUAACUUCAGUAUUACAAAUUAUCACUAUUUUGUCUUAAAGACAGAUAGAUUUAUUAAUUAGUUAUAAGAUUUAGAAAGUAAUCAAUUAAAACUUUUUUAAUUUUUGUUACAUUUUUAUAUUUUAUUUAAUGCAAUUGUUACUGGAUAGUUACAUGAUCAAAUAUUUUAUUUCUUAUUUGUUUUGAAUGACCAUUUGCAAAUUUUUAAUAUUAAGUUAUAAAUAGUUAUAUUUUAUAUCAGAUAAUUUAGUUUAAUUAAUUUGUAUAAUGCUGUGAUAAUUAUUUUGCACAAUAUAUAAGUAUAACUUUAAUUACUAGUUAAGUUAGUGUUAAUAUGAAUCACUAAUGCCAUUUUUUUACUUAUCUAUGUUAAAAAAUGUUUAUACUUAUGAUGAUGGAACACAAUAUAUCUUUAACAAAUAUUAUAAUUUUGAUAUGAUUACAAAUAAAAAAAUAAUAUUUAUUUUAUUUUAAUA